CCAUCCGGGGAACACACAGCUCCAUAGAGAUGCGGCGAGCCAGUUGUGCUGGCCGGCCGAGCAAAGUCAAGUAACCCCGGGGAGGGUCGCCAGUCUGAGCGGUGAGAGAGAGGCUAAGGGGGGGGAGCUCGCCUUUGAGUUACAAUGCGUCUUUCACAUGCUAUCCAACGAUGAGACAACUUCGCAGGGAGCUUCUUCGACGCCGUACGAGCCACUCCUGAGCCCCGGGAAACGAGUCUCUACAGGCGGCGACGGUGGUGGGCAGGCGGGCGUUUGCGAGCGAGCAUGAAGAAGCCGAGCGCCCUGCUCCCUGCUGGCGCCGUGACCGGGAAAUGGUAGCGUACUGUGGGUGCAACUGGGAAGGAACAUGGUCGAGAGGAGCAGCAAAUUCUUGUUGAUCGUGGUCGGAUCUGUGUGUUUUAUGCUGAUUCUUUAUCAGUACGUGGCGCCCGGGGUCAUCAAUUUCGGAUCCCCGCACGGCUACUUCACGGAGGAGGACGAGGGGGACAUCUUCCCCACUCCGGACCCCCACUACGUCAAGAAAUACUUCUUCCCGGUGAGAGACCUGGAGAGGACCAUUGAUUUCCAAAUCAAAGGGGAGGACGUGAUCGUGUUCCUGCACAUCCAAAAGACCGGCGGGACAACCUUCGGACGGCACCUAGUGCAGAAUGUCCGCCUGGAGGUUCCCUGCGACUGCAGACCGGGCCAGAAGAAGUGUACCUGCUACCGGCCCAACCGCAAGGAGACCUGGCUCUUUUCUCGGUUCUCCACCGGCUGGAGCUGCGGCUUGCACGCCGACUGGACCGAGCUCACCAACUGCGUGCCAGGGGUCCUCAACAAGAAGGAGAGCAAGCAGAAGAAUCUAAGGAAGUUCUACUACAUCACGCUGCUGAGAGACCCUGUGUCCCGUUACCUCAGCGAGUGGAGGCACGUCCAGCGCGGCGCCACAUGGAAGACCUCGCUGCACAUGUGCGAUGGACGCACGCCCACGCCCGAGGAGCUGCCCUCCUGCUACGAGGGCUCCGACUGGUCGGGAUGCACGCUGCAGCAGUUCAUGGACUGUCCCUACAACCUGGCCAACAAUAGACAGGUACGCAUGUUGGCCGACCUGAGUCUGGUGGGCUGCUACAACAUGUCCACCGUCCCCGAGAAGAAGCGGGCCCAGCUCCUCCUGGAGUCGGCCAAGAAGAACCUGCGAGACAUGGCCUUCUUCGGCCUGACGGAGUACCAGAGGAAAACCCAGUUCCUGUUUGAGCGCACCUUCCGAUUGCGCUUCAUCAGACCCUUCAUGCAGUACAACAGCACCCGUGCCGCUGGGGUGGACCUGGACAAUGCUACGGUUCAGCGCAUAGAGGAGCUGAACGAGCUGGACAUGGAGCUGUACGACUACGCCCGGGACCUGUUCCAGCAGCGCUAUCAGUACACCCGGCAGCAGGAGCGGCGGCUACAGCGCAUCAAGAACCACAUGCAGCAGAGCCACCAGGGCCUGGGCCUGGGCCUCAAUCUGUGGCCCUCUCACAGCCGCCAGACCUCCGGCCCGUACCCGGAGAAUGACGAGGAGAACCGAAGGGAGCGGAAUGACGAGGAGGAGGCGGGAGGCAGGACGGAGGAGACGGGAGGCGGCGGCAGCAGCAGCAGCAGCAGCAGCAGCAGCAGUCGGCUCCCCACUGAGGACUACAUGAACCAGAUCAUCAACCGCUGGUAGCAGCAGAACUUAUGUAACAAAGAUAAAAAACACUAUUUUGCAUUUAAAGAGUCGACAAAAGAAAGACCCCUCCCCUGGUGGUUAACGGUUGCCUUGGCGACUGGGGCACGCCCAUUUAUCUGCACCCUCUGUGUCUCCCGUCUUCAUUAGAGGGAUAUUUUUAAAGUUGCUGACAUCAGACAUCCUUUUUUCUCCUCAUAAAGAUUGAAUUCCGAGUGGGGAAGGAUCGGUGUAUUUCCUGGACAAAUUCAAUGAUAGCAGGAAAGACGGACAACGACAACACUUUUUAGGAUGAUUUAGCUCAUAAUGUUCCCCUCUUUUUGUGUUUAUGCUUUUUUAAAAGCAGAAUUGUAAAACACUGAGACCAACGUUGCUGCCUGAAGAUUCCUUUUACUUCUCGUGAACCUUUAUUAUUAUUUUUUUUUUUAGCUCAAGCAUCCGUGUACAAUGGACCAUAACCAUGACUGAAGCCUUGCAUCACGCUGGCGGCUGCUGAAAGGAGGGCGGUCUACUUCUAUGUCCCCCCACCCCCCCACCACACACCCUCCACCCCAUCCAACGCUCCGGUUGCUCAACAGCCAUUUGCUUCUUUCUCCUUUCACACCUUGCAGACUUUGACAGCCAAUUACUGGAUCUCACACAGGUUUGGCCGAGGCGUCAAAAAGUCAGGCGAAGUGUGCUUUGAGGCAGCCGACAAACGCUGCAGACGGGGUGGAAGAGCAGUGGUCACCAUGGUGAUACGAGGCCCUUCAUUUGGCAGGUGGCAUUUACAGUUUGUCCUUCACAAAAAACAAAGCGUCAUACAUGAGUUUGACCGUUGUUUGACAGUUUGGGGUGAGGUUGCAGUGCCUCCACAUGCUGGGAUAAUAGUCCACAUCAGGGUUUCUCCAACUUUUUCAGCUCCAAAUCCAAAUUUAGGAGCCAAACUUACUGAAAAACACAAUGUAUUGCCAUAACAGCCAUAAGAUAACAUUUGAUACUUUGACAGGUCCUUAAAAUUCACUCGCAUAUUUGACCCCAGUGACAAAACUAAAAUGUCAGCUUCCCAAAAGCUGCUAAUGUAUUUUAUUUUUUCCACUUUGAAAGAGUCAAUCUUUUAAAACUACUUCAUCCAGCAUUCUAUCAAAUGUGAAUGUGAUCUUAACACGUUAAAGCCAGUAUGUUUACGUAACUUUUUGCCCCGAAAAAAACCAAAAUUGUUUUCCGUGCAAUACAUUUCAAGGAUUAUUUGUUUUUUAUUCUUCUUCUUACUAGAUGGGCUUUUUUUCUUCUUUUUUUUUUAACAGUGUAAGAUUUAAAACUCACAAGGUUCUCAGUACCAAAAAUGUCCACUUCCCAAAAACUGCUCUGGUAUGAUAUCUUAAAUGUCUUAAAUGUUUUUUUUUCUUCCACUUUCAAAUAACCUAUUAAAAGCUAGUAUGUUUACAUUAAAAAACAACACCAAUACAUUUCAGGGAGUAUUUGUUUAUUAUCAUUAUUAUUAUUGAUAACAGGUCCUUAUUAUUGCUUGGCAUUUUUUCUAGUUUCAGAUUUAAAACUCAGAAUCGAGGUCCUCUGGACUUUUGCCUCCCAAAAAAUGCUAUUUUUUCCCCACUUUAAACAAGUAAAAAAAAAAGUGCUCAAAAAGUAUGAUGUAUUAAUGGGGGGGGGUUACACUUUAAACAAGUCAAUCUUUAAAAAUCUUCAGCCUGAAAUAUAACCCAUUAAAGGCAGGUAUGUUUGUAUAAUGCAACUGUUUUUUUAUGAAGAAAAAAAAACGUUUUCCAUAAAAAACAAUUUGAGUGGUGUUUGUUUUUUACUAUUAUUACUAUUAGGCCCUGUGAUGGGUCAAUGAUUGGCAGCAACAUUGAUAUUCAUGCAUUGUUAUUUUUUUCUACAGUGCCACAUUUAGAACUCACACUCAAGGUCCUGAGGACAAAAAAUGUCCACUUCCCAAAAACUGCUCUAAAAUAUGAUAUAAUGGGGUUUGUUUUCCAGUUUAAACAAGUCAAUCUUUUUUCUUUUUUUUUUAAACCUUCAACCCGAAAUAUACCUAAGUAAUAACCCAUUAAAGGCUGUUUUUUUAAGGGGAGGGGGCAAAAACAGUUUUCCAUAACAUAAAAUGCAAUUCAAGGAGUUUUUUUGUUUUUUUUUACGAGUAUUAUGAUUAAGUCCUGAGAUGGGUCAUUGAUUGGCUGCAACAUUGAUUUUCCUGCAUACUUCAGCCUGAAAUACACAAAUAUAUUCCAUUUAUUGGGUUUGGGGGAUUUGAAAGGCCAGUAUGUUUACUCCAGAUCUUGCAAAAAAAACAGUAAUAGGUGAGACAUUUUGCUGCAUGCUUUGAGUGGGAAAAAGUAGCACCGUCUGGUGUACAAAUUGAGGCCAGUAGUCCAAAUUGAAAUCCUUAACGGAAAUGACUGCACUAGUUAUGAUAAAUGUUGGAUCAAGAAUGUCAUUUUCAGCAGGACACGAGGGGCAAAUAUGUCACUUUUUAUGUUGCAUUACCAUUUUAGGCUGAAUUAAGGAACUGAACUGUUUAAAAAUGAACCUAAAUGCUCUUCAUUGACGCUCAGUACGUUUGGGAAGGUUUGGGAAACCCUGGUGCGCAUUGCCAGUAAAAAUCUGCAAUAUAAAGUCAUUUUUCUUGACUAGCCAUGUGUGUGGAUGAGUGUGUGUGUGUAACUACAAUGUACAGUACGCCUCCUACUGGCCUUUGUAAAUAGUGUGCUUGAAUGGAUGACAGACUUCCAUGACGAAUAAUAACGUCAUUUCAUUAUUUGUUUUUUUUUUGUUUGUUUGGUGGGUUUUUAUUUUGCCAUAACAACCAAUGCUCACUUCCCCCUUCAAAGUGAUUGUACUGCGCUCAUUAUCUCACAUCCUUAUUUAUUUGUAUUUUUGUUGGUGGGAAGUCCUCCCCAAAAUGUCAGCACAGGGUUGGGUUCUGAUGGCGGCCCUCCAGUGUUCAGUUUGUGAGGAAUUUUCAUCUAUUUUACAAAUAUAGCAUUCGCGUGUUUGGGCAAAGCUGGUACCAAACACAGAGCGUUAUCUAGUUAGGGUAACACCUUAUUUUUUUAACUUCAAGUGUACAAAAAAAACAUUUGGACCGUCAAGACAUUUGGGGUGAAAUGUCAUUAAAAGAACACAUUUUAUUUUCUUUUUUAAUGGAAUGAAUGAAGCUGCAUUUGUGGGAACCAGUCGCCGAGGUCGUGAACACAUGCUGUCCAGGACACGUGGGGGCGGAGCUAAAACACAAGUUCAGGGUUGACAGAAUUUGUCUUUAAUGCUAACUUAUUUGUCUACAGUGUUUUUUUUAUUUGUAACAAACUGUUUAGCUAGAAACUUGUCAUUUCACUGGGUACACAAACAAACAGGUAUAGACAUUUUGUACCUAGUUGAAGAUAAAAGCCUAGGUCACAAGCGGCCGUACGGGCUCUGUGUGCCAAAAAUGCAAGAAACGCAUGGAGGGCACGUGUGACGUACUGAUUUUCGGGCACAGAGGUUCUUUGUCCACAAACGACGGGCGCUUAUGUUUUUUCUGGUUGCGAGACAAACUUACGCACUUUGCGCAUCGACCGUACGGCCAACGCGUGUCUUUCAGGCGUUUUGCUGGUGUCAGGUAUGGGCAAAAUGUCAAUUAUUUUCGUACAGCGCACUUCGUAUGUGUGUCAUGCACCACAUACGUAAAACUGUGUUCUUUAUGUAUUUUUAGCGCAAAACGUCCUAAGCUAGCUUGCUCACAACCGGUAGCCCGUCUUACGAUGUCAUCAGCAGUUGACUCUCAAAAAUGUUAAUUUUUGCAUGCAUACAACAAUUCUAAAUGCAUAUAAAUGUUGAAUGAAAGGGUUAAAUGAACAUUUAAGGUUACUUUUACCUUCACUGAAGACGUGAUUCUUGAUGAGAGCGUUCCCAAAGACACGCGUGGCAGCGAGACACCACACAGACACCACCUUUCUGCUCAUUUCGUUUUGGGUUAUUUAGGUGAGAAAAACACUUGAAAACAGGAAAUAAUUCAUGGCAAAACAGGAAGGUGGUAUCCAUGUGGCGUCUGGCUGCCACAGGGUGUCUUUGGGAAGACUCCAUCAAGAAUCAUAUCUUCAGUGAAGGUAACGGAACCUUAAAUGGUCAUUUGUUCCUUUGAUUCAACAUUUAUAUGCAUUUGGAAUCAUUUUCUGCAUGUAAAAUGAAAACUGUAAAACUAUAAAAACUGUUUUCAGAACAUUUUUGGCUUUCUGCGACGGAUUCAUUGGAUUUACAUGAUUUCUUAUGGGAAAAAUGUAUUCGGUUAGCAUCCGUUUCGGAACAAAUUAAUUACGCUAACCAAGGUUCCACUGUAUUGUAUUAUAAGAUUGGAAUUUAUCUAACAACAAACUGAUUGAUGAUUUUGUGAUGUGUGUGUUAAUAUUUGUGUUAACCCAAAAUGCACAAUUUCAGUUUAUUUAAAUGUAAUACCAAAAAAAUCAUUCAAACUUAUGCGGUGGUUUUUUGCUCAUUAUUCUGUGCACGUUGCAUCAUUUUUGCUACCUAAACUUGCCAUGACAGUUAAGCUUGGAAUACAAGUGUCGUGUACUACUCGUAGUACUCGUACCGCUGUUUUAGAGUCAACUGACAAAAACAUUUACAAGCUAAUAUUUUUGUGGCUAUCUGACAAAAUACGAUUGUAUGCGACUUUUUGACAUCGAAACACCAUAUUUAAUACAAAUAAAUAAAUCCACCUCAUAUUUUGUUCAAUUAAGAAAAUAAAAUGGCAUGAGGUCAAUUUGCAUAAAAAUAUGAAGUUCUACUUAAGUUGAUGUUUACAUUUCUUUUUCCCGAGUGUACCCAACCCAAAUUAAUCGAGAGUUUUCGCUCCAUUUGUUCCUUUAUCACUAAAGCAAGUGGAGAGGACGCAUAUGAGCUGUCACAACCCAACCCCGGCGUCAAGCAAAAGCAGCAGACAUGAAUGAACCAAUGAGAGGGAGAAGAGACUAUAAACGUGGCACGGCGGCGACGUCAUGGCGUAGUUUAAUGACACGGAAUGUAGUCCAGCUUUAGUGUCAGGGGUCUGUGUUAUUUUUCCGUCUGUGUCCAGUUGUGAUGACGGUGAAAGGACGCACCCGGAGUGAAAAUAUGCUGCUUUUUGUGUAGCCUUUGCUGAAAAUGCAAUAGAAGCCGAGGGAAAACGGGGAAACUAAGUCAUUUUUGUUAUGUUUUGUAUUAACUUCCAAUUGUGUGUCACAAAAUGCAGCUCCGCAUGACAUCACUGUCACACCAACCCCUCGGUAGAAAUAUCCAGAACUCACUGAAAUGAUUCCAGAAUAAUAUCUGAUGUCUUAACAAGAGUUUCCAUCGUGACAGUAAAGCACCCCAAGUGUGUGAUACCCAAGUGUCCUGUUAUUUUUAUUUUUAUUUUUUUCAAAGCUGUGUAGAGCGUGAGUGAUAGAGACUUUUUUUUUUUAUUUUGCCGUCUGUCUCUGGCUUCUUGUGUGUGUGUGUGUGUGUGUGUGUGUGUGUAUGUAUGCGUCAUUCUGGGCUCUGGUUCUUAUGAUUGCAGCAAUGAAUCAUCAUCAUUGUCAAGCCACCAAUUAAAAUAUUUCAUUUUUA